AUAUGCGUCAGGAGAACAGAGGUUCUGCACAGACUUCAGAGACGAAUGGGCUGAUUGCAAACCAACACAGAAACAAUCCUUGGACACAUGCAGGCUGACACCAUGGAUGAAGCUGUAUGGUGGUUUCCUCACGCCUCCCAGGGAGCUCUGCAGUAGGAUGCAUGCCUGUGUCUCCAUUUGGAUGCUCCCACAGAUGAUUUCCCACCUCUGCUUUCUCAUCCUGUCCAGCUUGGCAGUCUCAUCCCAACUACUGGGUUUGGAGGAUGUUUUCUUUAGUCCGCAGGACCAGACAGUCAGAGAAGGAGAGGGAGUUUUCUUCCAGUGUGUGUCAGGGGAGAGUUCACCUCCUGCAAGCAUCACCUGGCUCAAAGAUGGGACACUGGUCACAAGAGGUAGACAGAUUCAGGGUGAGUAUGGAGGCGGUAAACAGAAGAAGACCUCAGGCACUCUGCAUCUUUUCAACGUAACAUUAGAGGAUGAUGGGAUGUACAUUUGUGUCACACACAAUCCUUUACUGAACAUCAGCAAGAGGAGCAAGCCAGCUAAACUAACUGUGCAGGGGGUCCCUAGAAGGCUGCAGAUCAUCCAGGGUCCCGACAACAUCACUGUUGCUAUGGGAACAGAGGUCUUCAUGCACUGCACUGUUCGUGGCUUCCCUGUUCCCAUGGUGCACUGGUUCAAAGACGGCUGCCUCCUGACAAACUGCUCAGUCUCGUUCAGCCUUCAGAACAAUGGACAGCUGCUCACAUUCAGGAAUGUGACCAAGGAGGAUGAGGGCUCGUAUCACUGUGAAGCAUCCAACCAGAAAGAGUCAAUCAAGUCGCAGUCAGCCUUCCUUCUUCCAGCCGAGAUGGACUGGAGUUUCAUCAAACAGCCCACAGACUUGACGGUGAAGAAAGGAGAAAAUCUUACAGUCACCUGCAGGCCUCCAUACAGCAGACCAGCAGCCCAGGUGUCCUGGUUCAAAAACAACACACUUCUCACUCCCACAGCUCAUGUAACUGUGCUGCCUAGUGGAGACCUCUUCUUCCACAGUGUCCAGGAGAACGACAGUGGGAGCUUCUUCUGCAGGGCCUCCAACGUCCCCCUUCAAAGAUUCCUCACCUCUAGAAGAGCAACCCUUACUGUGCUGGCCCCUCCAUCAGUGAAACUGUGGCCCCAGUUGCUGACGGUGCCUGUUGGUGCUCGGGUAGUGUUGGAGUGUCAGGUGUCUGGUCACCCUCUACCCUCUAUCAGCUGGGUGAAGAGAGGCCACUCCAAGCAGACUGGAGGCAAGAUUGCUCUGGGACUGAGAAAUGCCACUCUUUACAUCCAGUCAGCCAGGAGCUAUGAUGAGGGGCUGUAUGUGUGUGAGGCCUCCAACAUACUGGGCCAAAGCCACAACACUGCAAUGCUGCGAGUUGCAGUGAGUCCCAUCAUAGUGACCUUCGUAGCUCAGGUGAACUGCAGGAUUGGGGCUGCAGCGGUCCUGCCCUGCAGGGCUGUAGGGAUUCUGCCCAUCACAUAUACCUGGACCAGGGGCAGAGCAGAUACACAGUCCCCCAUCAGCCCCACUAAAGACAGACACAUAGAUGACGACGGAGCUCUGCAUAUUUCCAGUGUGCAGUAUUAUGACGCAGGGGAAUAUUACUGUACAGCUGAGAACCGAGCAGGACGACAUCAGAAACUUACCAUCCUCACUGUCACAGCUGAACGUCAUCCAGCUGAUAGAGGCAAGCAGACAAGACUGGUUUUGUCUGCUAGCACCAACACUAGCAAAGAACUGCUAGUUUCCCAAUCAAGUGACUCUAAGGCUGAGAAACACCUUAAGGCCACACAUCAUCCACAGGCACAGCAUAGCGAGGCCACAUGCUCCUCAUCACACUGUGAUACUACAACAAGCAGAGCUACCACAUUUUCUGCAUUUUCAAGGGGAGUGGUGGCUGAGCUAAAGAUGCCUCCAGGGUCACUUGGCCGUCUUUUACAGCACCGCCUGAAUCAGCCAACAACCAAUCCAACCCAGCCGUUAGUCACUCAGAUGCAGCCUCCUAUAUUACCACCUCCUCCACAUCCCAACUUCCAGUCAGUAGAUCUCCACACCCAACGGCCAGUGACUAGUGAUCCUCCUUUAAUUUUAAACAGUGGACCACCAAUAACACACGACCCAACAUCAGCAGUCACCAGUAACAAGUUGCAUACAACUGUUCAGUAUGUACUCACAGAGAGUCAAUCUCAUUGGACAUUAACAUCAUCACAUACACAAGUUCAGCAUCAAACCAGCGACCAUUUGAUGACAGAGCCUGAUUCUCAGGUCUCUAACAUCCAUGCUGUGUCUCUAGCCAGUGAAAUUACAGAAUCCUUCACUGAGAUGCCCGUGUCUCAACCACCGUCAAAGCUUCAAGGGGGUGGACCCUUUAGCUUUCUCAAGAUGGAUUUGUAUUUGCCGACUCCAACACAGAGUCAUGUAACUGAAACUAACGCGAGCCACUCUGAGUCAGUAACCCAGUCUUCUGCUUUACAAGCUAAAUUGCACAAAUCUCAAAUUCAGCCUCACCAGUUGGUUACAAAAAGUACAUUUUACCAAUCCUACUAUGAGUCAACUUCAACCCAGAUUACUCAAACCAAACUCGAGCACUUAGGUCAACCUCUACAUCAGAAAACACAUUCACAGUCUUCACCAACCCUCUCACAAAUAUCUCAAUCUGAUCCUCAACAAUCUUUUCCUCAAAGCCUUUUUCCGAAGUUUAAAAUUGAGCUAUCGACAAUACAGUUUUAUUUGCCUUCCACACAACCUCCACCUCCACAAUCCCAAACUCACAGUCAACCUUUGCUAGCACUACCUAAACCAACUUUGACCAUAUCUGCACUGCCUGAAACCCAAACUCAGUCAUCUCCAAUACAACAUCCUCUGCUCCACUCACAAGCUCCUCUACCACAGACAGAAACUCCACCACUCCAACACAGAAAUCCUCUUAAAAUCCAGCCUUCAGACUCAACCAACCAUCAUCCCAAUCAGACCUCCAAUCUUUCAACACUGAACCCUGAGAUUCCUGUUGUCCAUCAGAUCAACAUGUCCGAUCAGGUACAUCUAAAUAGUAGCCAGCAAGGUGUCCCUGUGCAGUCAGUUAAAUCAACCAAUGACACAGAGCUAACAGAGUGGUUGAAGAGGAACACAUCCCAAUCACCUAUGACCAGCAAUGAUCCAAGAGUGACGCAGCAGUCUCCAUCAUGGUUGCCUGUGCUGGAGAAACAUGACAUCCCCAUUGUGGUAGGAGUGGGUGUAUCUUUGGCCUUCAUCUUCAUCACUGUUACCUUCUAUUCUGUGGUCCAGAAGAAUGAACCUGCACCAACAAGCCGAGCAGCUCAGAGGAAUCUGGGUGUCCCUAUACGACACGCUGAACGUCGAACUGCAGGACGAACAUAUGAAAACAGAGCUUUUGAAGAUGAUGACUGUGUGGCUGUGAUUGAGCAGAGCCCCAACACAUCUGACACCCGAGCCCGACCUCCAGGACCAAGCCUGGUCACGGUUCAGAUGGAGCCCACAUUUGAGGAUCUUCAAGAAGACCCACAACCCGCUCUGGACAACCACUCGGUCAUUGUAGAGACUUAUCCCGAGCCCAUUCUUGACACUAAGAUUGAUCCCUCUCUUGAAGAGGAGAAGGGCGGCAGUUUGUCCCAGCCUAGCAUCCAGCUGCAGUGUGCUGAGGACUGGACCAGUAACAGAGGAGACAACCGCAGCCCAUGUCAGGAUGCCUUGCCUCCUCCGUCAUCCUUACCCUCCCGUUCACCAUCCCCCUCUCCACCAUCCAGAUUUGAGGAGGGUCUACGCUCCUCAUUAACCCUACAGAGUGCUGAGGCAUGUGUAGCACCUAUCCACCACAGCCUCAGCAUCUCACAUAGCAACCCACCCCUGCUUCUUUCUCACCAUGUCUCUUUGGGCCUCACUACAGUUGCAGUGGAUGUCCAUUUUUACCCAGCAGCCACUGCUCCGAUGGCAGUAGGCACUAGCACUCAUAUUAAUUCAAUCUCUAAUUCCACUUCAGUCGCUGCACCUCCGUUCAGUUCCCCAUUAGUUAACACUCAGGAGAAUGACCAAUCGACUGCCAGAUUUCAUCAGAGUAAGUAGCUACAGAUUAGGGCAUCAAGUCGCAUGAGCAACCAACCGUAAAGCCAUGAUGAGGAAAAUGUGCCUCAUAAAUUGGUGUACCGUGAGAAAGCAUUUUCAAAUGAAUGAAAACUCCACAUAAAAUUACAACUUGUCGUUUUUACAUCUUUGUUUUUAUAAAACAAACAUACGACAUGUUAAUUUCUUAGCAUUAGAGAUGCUGGUGAGAAUAUUUUUUAACCUUGAACACAGCCAGGAUAGCUGCCUGCUUUCAGUCUUUAUGCUAAGCUAGGCUAACUGUCAGACAUGAGAGUGGUAUUGAUCUCCUCAUCUAACUCUCAGCAAAAAGAUGAAUAAUUAUCUUUCCAAAAUGUUGAACUAUUUCCGUAAAAAAAAAGUAUGGGGCUAUAUUCGGUAUGAGCGUCCACAUCUUUUUGUAAAUGUGUAUUCAUAGCUUUAGCACAGCACUUUCUUCCAUGUGGUUACAUUAAUUACUGUCAUGUUACAGUUUGACUAUAGUGCAGGCUACUUCUAAAUAAAACUUUUAGUCUUGCUUCCUACUUUAUCGUACUUUUUAAUUUUCAUUAUUUUCCUACUGAAACAUGAAAGAGAAAAUGUACAUGUGUAGUGUUCAUUUUAUUAAAGUUUCACUCAUAAUUUGUUAUUGGUUAUGGGUUAGUACAGUUUGACUUUAAUAUGUUGUACAAUAUUGACUUCUUUAGUGAAGCAGCCAAGGAUAUUUUACUUUGCCGCAAAAUAAUGUGUUUAUUUGUGACUGUACACAAUGAGUUUCAGUGAUUACUCAUUCUCUGCAAGCUACUUGACUGUUAACACCGUUUUUGAAACCAAAGGAGGGUAAGAGGGGCUGUAUUAAUAAAC